AUGGCUGCAAAAGUUUUGUUUGCGUUGUGCUUACUACUAGUUUUCAUUGCAGAGUCACAAGCUACUAAAGUCAAUAAUCUUUUUAAUGUCAUGAAUUACGGUGCAACCGCGGAUGGAAAAACAGAAAACAGCGCGGCUUUUUUGAAAGCAUGGAGGGAUGCUUGUAAUUCUAAUGGAAAUGUCACUGUGAUGAUACCACGAGGAACUUAUUUUCUCAAACAAAUUGUCUUCAAUGGACCAUGCAGAGGAUGGACUAAUGUCAUAAUCGAUGGUGAUCUAAUUGCACCGACUGAUCCAUCUUUCGCAACCGACAAAUGGAUCAGUUUUCGGUACGUGAAGAAUUUGAUCGUGAGUGGACAGGGAAAAUUGGAUGGUCAAGGAUCGUCCGCUUGGGAGGAUUGCAAUAAAAACCACAAAUGUCGUCCUAGUUUUCCCAUUUCAAUGACAUUUGACUAUGUGACAAAUGGUUACAUUCAUCACUUGAGUUCAAUUAACAGCAAAGGGGGACAUUUCAAGACAUAUGGGUGUGAGAAUAUCAGAUUCACGAAUGUUAAAAUUUCAGCUCCCGGUGAUAGCCCAAACACCGAUGGAAUAAAGAUAUCAAACUCUAAUGGGGUAGCUAUCGAACGUGUGAAUAUUGGCACCGGUGAUGAUUGUAUUGCUAUAAUUUCCGGCAGUAAGAAUGUUUUAAUUUCGAAUGUUUUUUGUGGUCCUGGUCACGGAAUUAGUGUUGGAAGUCUCGGUCGUGAUGACGGGGAAGAAAAUGUUGAAAAUAUUAAAGUCAGGAAUUGCACUCUUUGUGACACAACUAAUGGUCUAAGAAUUAAAUCAUGGGCUCGUACAUUGAGCAAACCUUUGAAGGCUUCUAAUUUUGUGUAUGAGGAUAUUGUGAUGAAUAAUGUGUAUAAUCCCAUUAUUAUUGAUCAAGAAUAUUGUCCCGGUGGUACUUGCAGCAAUAAGGAUCCUUCACACGUGGAAAUAAGUAACGUGUCAUUCAAGAAUAUUCGUGGAAGUUCCAAUACCCAAGUUGCAGUCAAUUUGAAAUGCAGUGCAAAAUUUCCAUGCAAAAACAUUACAGUGAAUACAAUUGAUUUGUGGCAAAAUCGUGGUGUAGGAAAACUAAGCAAUUUGUGUUCAAAUGUUAAUGGUGCUUCUUAUGGCAAACAAAACCCCUCAUCUUGCCUAUAG